GGAAGCACGGGUUCUUAUAGAACGUUAAAGCACACGCACACUGUGGGUAUGGAUGAACGCUAUUACAACCUGUCAAAGGAGCAAGCUGCAAUCAAAGCAAAAUACCCACCCGUGAUAAAAAAUCAUGAAUGUAGGUGAAGCCUCGUUGUAUUGAACAGUCCAGAAACGAACACCGUUAGUGUUUUAUUCCCACUUUAUUAGGCUCAUAUAUAUAUAUAAUCAGGUUAUGGAUAAAGAAUGAUUAUGGGGCAAAGUUCGAAGAGGUAGAUCAGUUGGCAGCAACCAUACAUUGCUUUCCUUGGUGACUGUUCCACUUUUCGAGCUUUAACCCAGAACUUUUAAUUAUAUAUAACAACGUUGUUGUUGUUGUGUUGUUUUUUUGUUUGUUUUUUUUAGUUGAAAGAAAAUAAACUAAACGCUGCAUGAUAAAAUGUACCAAUGUACCUUAGUGCUUUAUAUGUUAUUCUUGCUGUCAUAAUUAGAAUAGUAGCCAGGUAUAUUUAGUCUUUGCCUACCAGGGUUAGUAAUAUAAUACUUUUUUCAACGGAAGCCCUAGUUGUGAGCUCUCAAUAACCAUUGUUGGUUACUGUUAGUUUGUUGAUCAUUGUUACAAAAGCUUCUGUAGUGGGGUUGUUUUCGCUAAACUGUGCGUUGUGACUCGAGAACUAGCUUGUAGAUUUUCAGCUAAAACUGUCAAAUUGGAUAAAACCUUGAAUUCAGCUGUAUUAAAGAUUUUUUUCCAACCUUGUGGACUUUUAAUUUUUCAAGUUGAUUUACAAGUUACCACACCUCUUUGGUUUCUAAGUAAGAGACAAAGUGUUCUGACACACCUGUUUCAUAUUCCUGUGCUGUAGGUGUAUAGUUGUUGUUGUUACAUAGGCUGAAAAGAGAAAUGCCUCCAUCAAGGUUAGCCUUUCUCAUUUCUGUUUUUGCUAUUGAUCCAAAAGAUGCCAAACCUUUGUUAACCUGUCUUCCUAACUAAAAUGCUCCAUUCCAUUUAGCAAUUUGUAGCCCACCUCUGCACUCUUUCUAGUGCCACAAUAUCCUUCUUUAGAACAGAUGCCCAAAAUUACACAGCUUAUUCAAGGUGUGGUAUUACCAGUAAUUUAUAAAGAAGCAAAUUUUUAUUUAAUCUGCCAUUUAAAUUCACAGUCUCCUAAUCCAGUGGUUCCCAAACCAGUCCUUGUGGAACCCCUACCAGUCCAGGAUUUAGGGAUCACUCUGUUGUGUCCAAGGUGUGUGUGUUUUCUUUUUUUUAUUUAUUUAUUUUUUUUUAAAACACCUUAGAUAAUCCCUGAAUCCUGGACUGGUAGGGGUUCCACGAGGACUGGGUUGGGAACCACUGUCCUAAUCUAUUUAAAUCCAUCUGCAGCAAUGUAAUAUUCUGCUCACAUUGUAUUACUGUAGAGUUUUGUGUAAUCUACAAACAAUGAAACAUGGCUUUCAAUGUCUAUUUCAAGAUCAUUUAUAUACUGAACAAAAUUAUAAAGGCAGCAUUUUUCAUGAGCUGAACUCAAAAAUCGAAGACUUUUUCUAUGUACACAAAAUGCCUAUUUCUCUCAAAUAUGGUUCACAAAUCUGCCUAAAUCUGUGUUAGUGAGCACUUCUUCUUUGCCGAGAUAAUCCAUCCACCUCACAGGUGUGGCAUAUCAAGAUGCUGAUUAGACAGCAUGAUUAUUGCACAGGUGUGCCUUAGGCUGACCACAAUAAAAGCAGUGUCUGCAUAGUCUGAUUUAUCGUACUACAUUAACCCCUUAAGGACGGAGCCAAAUGUACACGUUGUGAACGAUACAAAAUGUAAACAAAACCUGGCAUUUGCGCUACAUGUCUGUCCAACCGUAAUUCACCUCUUUCAUAGUAAAUGCACCCACCCUUAUUAUAUAUAAUUUUAUUCAGGGGAAACAGGGCUUUCAUUUAAUAUCAAAUAUUUAGCUAUGAAACAUAAUUUAAUAUGAAAAAAAUGGGAGAAAAUAGAUUUUAUUUUUUAUUUUUUUAGUUCUACAUGACAUUUUAACGGUCAAUGUCAUAAUACUGUUUGCUUUUACUGCAAUAAAAUACACAUAUUUGUAUUCAGCAAAGUCUCACGUGUAAAACAGUACCUCCUAUGUACAGGUUUUAUGGCGUUUUGGGAAGUUACAGGGUCAAAUAUAGCACGUUACAUUUGAAAUUGAAAUUCGCCAGAUUGGUUACGUUGCCUUUGAGACUGUAUAGUAGCCCGGGAAUUAAAUUUACACCCAUAAUGGCAUACCAUUUGCAAUAGUAGACAACCCAAGGUAUUGCAAAUGGGGUAUGUCCAGUCUUUUUUAGUAGCCAUUUGGUCACAAACACUGGUCAAAGUUAGCAUUAGUAUCUGUUUGUGUGAAAAAUGCAAAAAAACGCCAAUUUUGGCCAGUGUUUGUGACUAAGUGGCUACUAAAAAAGACUGGACAUACCCUGUUUGCAAUACCUUGGGUUGUCUACUAUUGCAAAUGGUAUGCCAUCAUAGGGGUAAUUUUCAUUCUUGGGCUACCAUAGGGUCUCAAAGGCAACGUAACCAAUCUGGCGAAUUUUAAUGUGAAAAAAAUGAAACACAAGCCUUAUAUUUGACGCUGUAACUUUUGAAAACACCAUAAAACCUGUACAUGAGGGGUACUGUUGUACUCGGGAGACUUCGCUGAACACAAAUAUGUGUUUCAAAACAGUAAAAAGUAUUGCAGCAAUAAUAUCAUCCGUGUAAGUGCUGUUUUGUGCAUGAAAAAUGCAAAAAACUUCACUUUUACUGGCGAUAUCAUUGUUGUAAUACAUUUUACUGUUUUGAAACACUAAUAUUUGUGUUCAGCGAAGUCUCCCAAGUAAAACAGUACCCCCAAUUUACAGGUUUUAUGGUGUCUUGGAAAGUUAUAGGGUUAAAUAUAGUGCUAGCAAAUUAAAUUCCCUAUACUUUCGGCAUGGGUUGUCAGGCAGGUCCCGCUAAUUGUAAUUAAUUAGGAUACCUAAUUAUGUAAAAAUAUUACAUAAAUAUAUGUGUAGAAUUAAUAUAUGUAUAUAUAUACAUAUGUGUAUAUAUACAUAUAUAUAUAUAUAAUUUUUUUUAAUAUUUUUAUUUAUAUAUAGGUGUAUAUAUAUAGUGAUAUAUAUGUAUAUAUUUAUGUAUAUAGAUAUAUAUAUUAUUUCGUUCUACGUGUAUUUUGAUAUAAAUAUAUAUAUAUUAAUAUCACAAUACAGUUAGAACGAAAUAACAAACAUCUAUAUAUUUUUUAUUAUUUAUUUUUAAUUAUUUUUUUAAUUUUAUUUUUUUUACGUAUUUACAUUUUUUUAUAUUAUAUAUAAAUAUAUAUAUAUAACAAUUAUAUAUAUAUAUAUAUAUAUUUAAUCAGUAUUAGUCUACGUGUAAUUUGAUAGUAAUAUAUAUAUAAAUAAUUAUAUAUAUUAAUAUUUAAAUACACUUCGUGUAUGUGUAAAUGUGUGUGUGUGUGUGUGUGUGUGUGUAUAUAUAUAUAUAUACUUAGAUCAUAUAUAUAUAUAUAAUAUAUAUGAUCUAAGUAUAUUUUAUAUGUAACUGUAAUUUUUUUUUUUUUAAACUAAUAUUUUAUUUUUUUUACAGGAGAGGGGGCAGAGACAGUGUCAGCCAGUGAUUUUACAUCACUGGCUGACACACAGGAUCAGUGAUCACAGUGACUGCCUGUCACUGUGAUCACCUCCUGCAGAUUGGGUAAUUGGCCACAGGGGGGAGUGCCUGGGUGGUACAAGCACUCCCCUCUUCCAAUCUGCAGGGGAAUCUUUGUGCCAGUUACAUGUAACACUGAUCGCAGUGACAGGCUGUCACUGUGAUCAGAGCGCUCUGAGAUCGCAGUGACAGCCUGUCACUGCGAUCUCAGACAGUGCAGAUCGCGGUCACUGACCCCAGGGGGACUGCCUGGGGGGCCAGGUAAGUCCCCCGGCCACGUGUGUCAGACGAUUUGAAAUCGGCUGACACACGUUAAAAACUGAUCGCAGUGACAGCCUGUCACUGCGAUCAGAGACUGCAGAUCGCGGUCACCGGCCACAGGGGGGGUUGCCUGGGGGGCCGGGCAUCCCCCCCGACCGCGAUCUGCAGCGGGUGACUAGCGCCAGCCACAUGGGCGGCCAUUAAAGUGAGGGCGUACUAUUACGCCCUCCGGCGUUUAGAGCCAGCUCCUGCAGGGCGUAAUAGUACGCCCUCCGGAUUUAAAGGGUUAACAUAUAGUCUAUAUAUUGUGAGAUUAUCCAUUUUAUAGCGCAGCCCUUCACCCCCUUUUCUUCUUCUGGCCACUAUAAAAUGUGCAGUUUUACUGUAUUGGAUGGGUCUGGGGGGAGGGUUCCGAAAAACAGUCAAUAUCUGGUGUGACCACCAUUUGCCUCAUGCAGUGCAACACAUCUCCUUCACAUAGAGUUGAUCAGGUUGUUGAUUGUGGCCUGUGGAAUGUUGAUCCACUCCUCUUCAAUGGCUGUGCGAAGUUGCUGAAUAUUGGCAGGACCUGGAACAAACUGUCGUAUACGCCGAUCCAGAGCAUCCGAAACAUGUUCAGUGGGUGACAUGUCUGGUGAAUAUGCUGGCCAUUCAAGAACUGGGAUGUUUUCAGCGUCGAGGAAUUGUGUACAGAUCCUUGCAACAUGGGGGCUGUGCAUUAUCUGCAACAUGAGGUGAUGGUCAUGGAUGAAUGGCACAACAGGAUCUCAUCACGGUAGCUCUUUGCAUUCAAAAUGCCAUCAAUAAAAUGCACCUGUGUUCGUUGUCUAUAACAUACGUCUGCUCAUACCAUAACCCCACCGCCACCAUCGGCCACUCGAUCCAUAACAUUAACAUCAGCAAACCGCUAACCCUCACAAUGCCAUACACGCUGACUGCUAUCUGCUCUGUACAGUGAAAACCGGGAUUCAUCUGUGAAGAGAACACCCCUCGAAAGUGCCAGACUCCAUCGAAUGUGAGCAUUUGCCCAUUCAAGUCGGUUAUGACGACGAACUGCAGUCAGGUCGAGACCCUGAUGAGGACGACGAGCAUGUAGAUGAGCUUCCUUGAGACGGUUUCUGACAGUUUGUGCAGAAAUUCUUUGGUUAUGCAAACCGAUUGUUGCAGCAGCCGUCCGAGUGGCUGGUCUCAGAUGAUCUUGGAGGUGAAAAUGCUGGAUGUGGAGGUCCUGGGCUGGUGUGGUUACACUUGGUCUGCGGUUGUGAGGCAGGUUGGAUGUACUUCCAAAUUCUCUGAAACGCCUUUGAAAACGGCUUAUGGUAGAGAAAUGAACAUUCAAUUCAUGGGCAACAGCUCUGGUGUUCAUUCCUGCAGUCAGCAUGCCAAUUGCACGCUCCUUCAAAACAUGCAUCAUCUGUGGCAUUGUGCUGUGUGAUAAAACUGCACAUUUUGGAGUGGCCUAAGGCACACCUGUGCAAUAAUCAUGCUGUCUAAUCAGCAUCUUGAUAUUCCACACCUGUGGUUGAUGGAUCAUCUGGGCAAAGAAGUGCUCACUAACACAGAUUUGUGAAUAUUUGAGAGAAAUAGGCCUUUUGUGUACAUAGAAAAAGUCUUCAAUUUUUGAGUUCAGCUCAUGAAAAAUGGGGGCAAAUACAAAAGUGUUGCAUUAAUAAUUUUGUUCAGUGUACAUAUGUUAAAAAGUAGCAGUCCCAGAACAGAACCCUGAGGGACACCACUUACUACUUUUGUCCAUCUUGAAUAUUAACCAAUAAUUACAAUUCUCUGUGCUCUAUUUUUAAGCCAAUGUUCCACCCAAGAACAAUAAUUUUCAUCUAGACAAAGUUCUUUUUGUUUGAACACUAAUCUAUUAUGUGGAACCGUAUCAAACACCUUGGCAAAAUCCAAACCGAUCACAUCCACUGCAACACUCUGAUCUAUACCUCUACUUACCUUUUCAUAUAAUUAAAUUAGUUUGACCUAUGUUUCAUAAAACAAUGUUCUUCCCAAUGAAUUCCUGAAUAUUAUCCUUUUAAAGGGACAUUAUAGGCACCAAGAUCACUUCAUCUCAUUGAAGUGAUCUGGGUGUACUGUCCCUGUUCCCAUUAGUCCUGCGAUGUAAAACAUUGCAGUUUUAGAGAAACUGCAAUGUUUUCAUUGCAGUACUAAGACUACCUUUAGUGGCUGUUUACCUGAGAACCACAAGAGGUGUUUCCUAGAGUUUCACGGAGUUUGACUCUGAAACAACGCUGGGCGUUUUCAAGCUUUGCAGUUAAAAAAAACAAAAACAAAACAUAAAGCAUUGAGACUUCCUACGGGGAAGGCUUCUUACAUGCGCAUUAGGUACUCCCCCUAUCAGAUGAAGUCACAUGACAUUGAAGAUUUGUUUGUUAUACCAGAUCCAGACAAGCAUCCUUUCUAGUUGGUGCUUGUACCAAUUGGACCUGAAGAUUUCAUUUUGAAGGUUCAGAGAAUUAUUACCUCCAAUAAUUAACAUGUUACCUAGAUAUGCCGUUUUCCCAAUUUGCUCAAAUAUGCUUGAGCAAUUUACACCAAAGCUGGCUGUUCAGGAUUUUGCUAACCCUAGCUGUUUGUGAACUUUCUGUUGUUGCUUUAUCACUACUUGACUUUUCACAGCAAAACUUCUGAACUGUUUAUAACUAACUACUGGCACUGUGCUUGUCACUUGAAAAUACAAGACUAUAAUUAUUAUAAUUUUUUUUUUCAGAUUUGGAUCACACCGCAGAUGUUCAGUAUGUAUUUGAUACUUUCCUCAGUUUAGUUUGCAUAUUGUAUUCAUACACUUCCCAUGCACUUAUUGGGAUUGUUUCUAUUCAAUCCACAGAAGGCAGGACAGGGAUCCAUAUUUAUGACUGUCCCUUCAAAUGGGAUAAUUUUGUGAAGUAUUGUGCAUAUAGGAGAACCCAUGACUCAAAGCAGGACUUGACAAAUGUGUUUAGAAUCUAGGAGCUAGUUUUUUGUAAACUAACAAAGUUUAAUUUUCAAUGAGAAAAAUACACUUCUUAAGGGGACGCUAUAGUUCACAGCUUAAUGUAGUAGUUCUGGUGUCUACAGUCUCUCCCUGUAGGCUUUUCAGUGUAUAGACUGCCUUUUCAGAGAAAAGGCAGUUGUUUACAUUGCUGCCUAGUAACAACUCAAGUGGCAGUCUCUUUUGGGAGAGCUGGAGUGGAUCCUUUCCCUGUGGAACAGUGUGGCUGUUGUGAUCCUGUAAUCUUCUUGCUCUGUUCCCUCGUGCGCUGUUUAGUGAUGCUGAAGCCCGGAGUGAUGUCAUAUUCCGGCUCUCGGCAUCACUAAACCAUGCGGAUGCAGAGCAAGAACUGCAGAACAGUUCCUGCUCUCUUUCUACCUCCAACGAGGGGCAGACAAAUCACAGGCACCAGGACCACUUCAAUGUAGUCAUUGUGGGGGCUGGAGGUUCUAGAUCUAUGGCUUACCUUAUGAGGUUAAACUGUUUUGGGCAUUAGUAACUUGCACAGAAUUGACCUUGAGGCAGCCCAGAAAAGAGUUUCGUUCUGCAUAAGUCACUUGUGGGGGAUGCCAGUCUCCGGGCCAAAAGUGCACAUUACUCUGUAUAUGCAGCUUUUUAAGCCAGAAGUGGUCAUGAUUAAGUUUUAAGAGUAAAUAUAACACCUUUAACCCCUUAAGGACUGGACUGUUUUUGUGAUGUUGUACAUUUGCAACCAGGCCUCUUUUUACACUUUUGUGGUGUUUGUGUUUAGCUGUAAUUUUCCGCUCUCUCAUUUACUGUUCCCAUACAAAUUAUAUAUUGGUUUUUUUCAGGACAAAAGGGGCUUUCUUUACAUACCAUUAUUUUAUAUAAUCUCAUGUAAUUUAAUUUAAAAUAAAAAAAUAUGAUGGAAAAUUGAAAAAAAUACAUGUUUUUUUUACUUUUACUUGAAAAAUCUUUUACUCAUCUACAAAAGCGAAUGAAAAAACUGCUAAAUAGAUUCAAAAUUUUGUCCUGAGUUUAAAAAUACCCAGUGUUUACAUGCUUUUUUGCUUUUUUUGCAAGUUAUAGGGCUAUAGGUACAAAGUAGAUAUUGCAGUUUCAAAACAUACAUUUUUAAAAUUUAUCAAUAGUGACAUUGUAACACUAUUAUCUGUCAUAAAUCUCUGAAUAACACCCCACAUUUUUUUUUAAAGUAGACAACCCAGGGUAUUCAAUAUGGGGUAUGUCCAGUCUUUUUUAGUAGCCACUUAGUCGAAAACACUGGCCAAAGUUAGCAUUCAUAUUUGUUAGUGUGUGAAAAAAGUAAAAAACUAAAUUGAAAGCUAAUUUUGGCCAGUGUUUGUGACUAAGUGGCUACUAAAAAAGACUGAACAUACCCCAUUUGCAAUACUUUGGGUUGUCUUCUUUUGCAAAUGGUAUGCCAUCAUGAGGGUCAUUCUCAUUCCUGGGCUACCAUAUGCUCUCAAAGGCAAGGAAACCAACCUGGCCUUUCUCAAUGUAAAAAUAUUUGACCCAUAUGUUUGACCUUGUAACUUUCAAAACGCUAUAAAACCAGUACAUGGGGUUACUGUUAUACUCGGGAGACUUUUUUUUGCGUCAGAUAUUGGGACUACUUUACGCCAUUACCAGGUAGCAUUAUCAAGGUCCCAUAUCAUCAUAUUCUUUUUAGCACACCAAGAAAGGGGGAAAAAGAAAAGAAAAGAGGAAAAAAAAGGGGGCGGGGGUGGCGGGGGGGGGUGGGAGUUCUGCCAAUAUUUCUAACAUUAGUAGUCUAUUAACUCAUCAUCAGUAUGUCUUAAAGUAAUCUUGCUAUGGUGUUUCUGCCCCAAACGCUAGCCAAGGUUCCCAUGUCCUAACAUAGUGGUUUCUCUUCCCCUGAAUGGCCCAGUGAACUUCUUCAAGUUCCCUCAAAGCUUCUACUCUAAGAAUCUAUUGUUCUUUAGUUGGGAUACUAGGUUUAAGCCAAUACAACGGGAUCAAAGCAUUUGCCUCAUUCAAUAAAUAACUCAGCAAUGUCGGUUUAUUAUUCUCCUUAAAGGAAGCUGGCCAUCCCAAUAGGAUCUUAGAUGGGGAUAAUUGAUCAGGCAUUGGUAAAAUUUUAUAAAUGACACUCAAUACCUGUAGCCAAUAGCUCCUAAUAAGUUUGCACUCCCACCAUAUAUGUUCCAUAUUCGCCCCCCUCUCACCACAUCUCCAACAGCCAUCCAAGGCUGGUAAACCGUAUUUUUUAAGUCGAUCUGCAGUGUUGUACCAUCUAGUAACUCUUUUAAAAAAUAUAAUUUUUCUAGGAGUGCUCAUCUGGGCUUUCAUCCCCAUUUUGAACACAAAUGACCAAUCAUUGCUGGUCAUUUGAAUGUUCAAACCUUGCAUCCAUUUCAGUUGGAAUGAAGGGACAGUCUUCUCCAUAGCUCCCUUAUGAAUUAGACUAUAUAUACUGGACAGAUACCGUUUUUUCUCUAUCCCAGGACCACAAAGUGACUCAAACUCUGUUCUAUCUCUCGUCUGCCAAUAUGGUAACACUUUUUGGUUUAAGAAAAACUUUAAAUACAUGAUACCCAUUCUAUCUAUAAGAGCUGUCAUAUUGUCCCAAGAAGGGAACUCUCUUAAUCUAAUGGGUGUUCCAUCUGUUAUUAAACUUGUUACUGAAGGGUGUGCUUCUCCUGUUAACUUUUCCAGUAGCUUGUGGCCCGGCCCAAACUGGAAAUCCAAGUUAGAUGCUAUUGGGAAGAAUACAGAUAAUCCCGGGGAUAGCCCCCAUCUAUCUUUAAGUCUUCUCCAAAUAUGUAUGGUGUGGUUUAUAAUUGGAUGUUUAGAGGGUGAUAAUAAAUUUAAUUUACAAUUCUGCCAAGGCAGGGUCUUCAACUUAACCUUUAUAAAAUCCUGUUCUAUCUUGUACCAUGGCUUUUCCUUAUCUAUAGCUGUCUAUUCUCUAAUUCGCGCACAUAAUAUCGCGACAUAGUAUCUAUAAAUAUGCGGGAGGCCCAAGCCACCUCUCUCAACUGGUAAUGUCAAUAUAUUAUACGCAAUACGUGGAGUUUUAUUAUUCUAUAUGAAUGAAAGGAAUGUAGAUCGCAGUUUUCUAAAGAAAUCUCUCGGCAGUGAGACAGACAAUUUCUGAAAUAGGUAUAAUACCUUUAGGUAGUAUCAUCGUGUUUAUGAUAUUUACUCUCCCGAUCAAUGAAAAGGAGGCCUGGUUCCAUUUUUUUAGAUCCUAUUCAAUCUUUCUCAUUAAUUUUCCAUAAUUCAAUUUAAAUAAAUCUUUUAAAUGUACCGUCAGUUGUGUCCCUAAGUAUGUUAUACUAGUAUCUGUCCACUUAUAUUUAUAUAGCUUUUGUAAUUUCUCUUUAAUUCCUAUAUUUAUCCCCACUCCCAGUAUUUCGGACUUAUCUGCAUUUACUUUAAAAUUAGAUAAGCCACCAAAUUUCUCCAAUUCUUCAUGAACAUAAGGAAAUGUAUAUCGGGCUUCUAUGAGCAUAAAUAAAACAUCCUCGGCAAAAGCGGUUAUUUUUACCUCUCCUCCCGUAUACUUAUAUCCUUUAAUGUCCGUAUUCUUUCGUAUGGCUUCUAAGAAAAGUCGGCCAUCGCCGGCCCUUUAAAUGCUGCAGCCGCCUGAGCGCUCUAUAGAGAGUGCUCAGACGGCUGCCGCACUGCCUCACCUCCCCUGCCCUGUAGCGUGGCCGAGCUCCUUUCCGGUCCGCUACCCGGCGGGACUGACAGGAAGUGCACACUGAGUGUGCACUUCCUGUCAGUCCCGCCGGGUCGCGGACCGGGUAGGAGCUUGGCCACGCUACAGGGCAAGGGAGGUGAGGAGAUGAUUACAGGGAAGGAGGGGGGGGGGAAGAAGAUUAUAGGGGGAAAAAGAAGAUCAUAGGGGAAAGAAGAUUAUAGGGGAAAAGAAGAUUAUGGGGAAAGAAGAUCAUAGGGGAAAAAGAUUAUAGGGGGAAAAAGAAGAUUAUAGGGGAAAAGAAGAUCAGGGAGGGGAAGAAGAUUAUAGGGGAGGGGAAAAAGGUCAUAAGAGGGGAAGAAGUCAAGGGAGGGGAAAGGCCAUAGGAAGGGGGAGAAGGAUAGGAGAGAAGAUUGCAAAGAAGAUUAGGAGGAGAGAAAGACAAAGAAGAUUAUAGGAGGAGGAGAAGAUUUAGAGGGAGGGGAGAAAGAAUGAGGAGAGAAGAUUAUGGAGGGAAAAGAUCAUAGGGAGAAGAUCAGAGGAGGGGGGGAGAAGAUCAUGGGGAAGAAGACUAUGGGGAGAAGAUUAUGGGGAAGAAGAUUAUAGGGGGGGAGAAGAUUAUAGGUGAGAAAAGACUAUGGAAGGGAGAAGAUUAUAAGUGAGAAGAUUAUGGAAUGGAGAAGAUCAUAGGAGGAGAAGAUCAAGAGGGAGGGGGAGAGAAGAUUAUAGGGUAGAAGAUUAUAGGAGGGGAGAAAUUAUCAAGGGAAGAAGACCAUAGGAGGGAGAAGAUUACAGAGGGGAGAAGAUCAGAGGAGGGAGGAUGGAGAAGACAUGGAAAAAAAAAAAAAAAAAAAAAAAAAAAAAACAUCGAGGAGGGGAGAAGAAGAGAAGAUUACAGGGCGGGGGAGUGGAUAAGAUUACAGGGAGGCGGGAGUGGAGAAGAUUACAGGUAGGGAGUGAGAGUGGAGAAGAUCACAGGGAGGGAGGGAGGAGUGGAGAAGAUCACAGGGGAGUGGAGAAGAUUACAGGGAGGGAGGAGUGGAGAAGAUUGGAGCGAGGGGGUAGAAGAAGAGGAUUGAGGAGGAGGGGGAGGAAGAAGAGAAACUAUGGGGGACAGAAAGAUUACAGGGAGGGGAGGAAGAAGAGAAGAUUACAGAGGGGAGAGAAGAAGAGAAGAUCAUGAGGAGGUGGGGUGAGAAGAUUAUAGGGGGGAGGAUGGGAUUAGGGGAGUGGGGAAGCCAUGGGGGAAGAAGAUUAUAGGAGGGAGGAGAAGAUCAUAGGGGGGGAGAAGAUUGAGGGGGAGAGAAGAUUAUGAGGAGGGGUGGAGAAGAUUAAGGGGGGAGAAGAUCAGAGAGGGGAAAAAGAUCAUAGGAGGGGAGGGGGGAGAAGAUUACAGGGAGGGGAGGGGGGGGAAAGAUCAGGAGGGGGGAGAAGAUUACAGGGAGGGAGGGGAGGAGAAGAUUACAGGAGGGAAGAAGAAGAUUGAUGGGAGGGAGGGGAGAAGAAGAGAAAAUGGGAGGGGGAGGGGAGAAGAUUAAGGAGGGGAGAAGAAGGAUUACAGGGAGGGGGGAGAAGAAGAGAAAAUUACAGGGGGGAGGGGAGAAGAUUACAGGGAGGGGGGAGAAGAAGAGAAGAUUACAGGGGGGAGAAGAAGAGGAGAACACAGGGAGGGGGGGAAUAAGAGGAGAACACAAGGGGUGGGAGAUGAGAACGUAGGGGAGGGAGAGACCACUAAAGGAGGGAGGGGGCGGUGGAGAGACCACUAGGGGAGGGGUGUGAGGAGAGACCGCUAAGGGAGGGGGGUGGAGGAUAGACCACUAGGGGAGGGUGGGGGGAGAGGAGAGACCACUAAUGGAAAGUCGGGGAGAAAAGGAGACCACUAAGGGAGGUGGGGGGGGAGAGGAGAGACCACUAAGGGGCAGGGGAGAUCUCUAAGGAAUGGAAGGGAGAGCUCUAUAGGACAGGGGGCAGGACAGGGAGCUCUUUCACACCACACGCGCACACACACACACAAUGCAUCCCUAUACACACAGAAACACAACAUGCUUCCCUUACACACAGAGAAACACACAAUGCAACCCUUACACAUAAAGACAAUGCAUCCUUUGCACAUAUACACAGAAACACACAAUGCAUCUCUUACACACACACACAGAAACACAAUGCAUUUUUUACACACACUCAACGCACCCCUUACAGACACACACACUGCAUCCCUUACAUACACAGAAACACACUUUGCAUCCCUUAUGAAUACAAACACAAAUUCACACAAUGCAUCCCUUACACUCAACAAGAAACACACAAUGCAUCCCUUAUACACAAACACUCACGGCAUUCUAUCCCUUACACACAAACACACUGCUUCCACUACACACAAACACACUGCAUCACCUACACAAACUGGUAUCCCUAUACACUACAUUCCAUAAGCACACACAUUAGAUCCUCUACAGUAACACAUAACACAUCCCCUACACACUCUACUCCCUGUGAGCGAACUCAUGGGUGGAACAUGUAGGUGGACUUAUGGGUGGGCUUUAUGGGCAUACUCACCGUCAGGCCCUGGGGCCCAGACCUUGAGCUAUGUAAGAGGCCCCAAAAAAUGGAGCUGCUUCCCGUUCUCCCAGAACAUUGAAUUUUGUGACAAACAGCCUCCAGAGAUCCUGUUCUACACCAGACCAGUGGAGCCAGACUGCAGCCAGAGCCCAUCACCAUCCUCAUCUGAUUGUAAGUAGGCAAUCUAGUAUAUUAUUAGUGACACUAAUCUCUAAUUUACCUCACAUUAAAUGGACACUAUAGUCCCCAGAACCACUGCAGCUUAAUAAAGUUGUUCUGGUAUCUAUAGUUUGUCCCUGCAGGCUUUUUAAUGUAAACACACACUGUGGGCAGCACUGGCAUUAGUUCAUAUGGCAGAUCAUAUGGGUGGGGCAUUGCGAUGUCCCGGGGGGGAGGGGGAAGGGGCAAAUCUUUCUUUUGCCUAGGGCUGCAAAAAUCCUUGCACCGGCCCUGAGGACAGGGGAGGCAAGACUUGCAGGCACUAUUACAACUUCAAUAAGAUGAAGUUGUUAAAGUGCAUUCAGUGUUCCUUUUACUUUAUUGGUUCUUCCAUUCUAUGUACUGAACAAAAAUGGCAUAAUCCUUUCUCUACAGACUCCAUGCAUGGGGGGAGACUCUGGAAGAAGCUUUUGAGCAAUGUGCCAUGGCAAUGUUUGGUUACAUGACAGAUAUUGAGACAGUGGAACCGAUUGACACUGUGGAAGUGGAAACAGAAGGUGAGCUUUCAUUUGUAACAUUUAUAUUAAAUUAAAGCUGAUGUUAGCAUCACAUAUUCUACAUUACUGUGUGAGCUUGGAUUCCCGAAAUUUUCCCUGUACAGGUGGCCCUGGCCAGGAUAAAACAAAAUAAUUCUAAUUUGGCCAGCAAACCAAAAGAGAAUUCACAACAAUAUUGAUGAAAGUAAGCCAUCGUUUGUAGUCUUGGAGAUCUGCAUUUAUUUUAAUGUCUAAAGAAAGCAGGAUUACAUUAAUGACUUCAUGUAGAAUAUUCAUUCAAUGUGUAUUUAAUCUCUUAUACUGCAAACUCCCUACCAUAUUGCUUUUACUAUAACAUUGUUUUGUUUUUAUAUAAUGUUUUUGCAUUAUAACAGAAAGUUGACUUUAGUCCCUACUUUGAUGUCUGUAUUCUAUCUUGCCACUAUUAUUACACUGUUUGCAAAUGUAUUUUCUUUUUAACCAAAUUUAAAAGCUGAAUUCCUUUUUUCUAUGCUGCUGGCAAUGCGUUGUUGCAAUAGCUCUCAUUUGUCCCCAUCACCCCCACUACAUGCAUUUAAACAAAGGAUUACCUGGUGUCACCUGUUUUGUCAAAUAUUCUUACCAGUUGACCAAUUAAAUCAGUACCACCCCUAGGAACUAUGUCAUUUUGUCCUUCCACUCCUUUAGGUAAAUGGGCUAUUAAAUGAUGAGUGAUCUACUGACUCUGUUGCAGAAGCCUUCUGUUCUUGUUUUUUUGACUGCUUAUUUUUCUUUAACGGUCAUCUACAGUGUUUACAAUUAUCUAUUCAUUAUUGCUGUUAGUACUGUUAAAGUGAGCUAUUAGUAUGACUUGCUAUUGUUCUCUUUGCUGUUGCUUACAUGUGUAUGAAAACAUGUGUAUCAUAAUUACCCACAUUUGCGCAAUCAUAAAUAGAUCCACCAACACAUGUGCUCUCUUAACUAUUUUUAAAGUGGCCACUAUACAUAUCAAGAUGGUGUAUGCAACAGGACAGAGUGAGGAGACAAAUAUAACGGUUUGAUGGCAACAAGUAAACACAUUUCAUGUAAAUUUAGUACUUAAUUUUUUUAUUAUAUUAUUUACAUUUAUACAGGGGAAGAUUUGAUAUCCCUCCUUUACCACUUCCUGGAUGAAUGGCUAUACAAAUUCAGUGCAGACCAGUUUUUCGUACCUAGGGUGAGAAUUGUAUUAUUGUCUAUUUACUGCUACUGUUGGUAAACAUUCUGAAAAAUAAUAACCUCUCUUCCUGUUCGGUAGGAAGUGAAGGUGCUACAUAUAGAUCGAAUGAGCUUCAAGAUCCGUUCUAUUGGGUAAGAGUAGUCACCAAUGUAUGUUUUAUUUAUUUUUUUAAAUUGGGGAAACUCCCAAAAUAAAUUCUAAACUACUUACUUUGCAUGUAAAAGAUAAAACUAAUUAGCCUUUUGUAUUCGUCUUUGCUGAAGGCUACUGUCUUAAACCAAGUUUUCAAUAUACUGUGAUCACUUGGCUCUUUGGGAAACAAUGGGGGUUGUUGUCCACCUGCUGGAAGUGGAGGGAACACUGCAAUGCCGUCCCAUGUCCAGCAACCGACAUAAGCACCCAACUGGAAACACGCUGAUCACAGGACUUGGGAGUCAAGACAAACUUUUAAGGAGUUUAAGACAGGAUUGAUAUAUGGAGGGCUCAGCACCCCGAUAUAAGAGAUUCUUUCUAUUCUAACCCACACAGAACUUAUUCCGUAUAGACAUGUGCCUUAUAUUUACUAAACUCCUCCCAUUAGUAGCCAACUCGGAGAUCAAUAAUAUCACAUGAUCAGACCAUGAUGAUAUAGCAAUGUAAAUUAAGGACUUUGACAGCCCCGCACUGGACAUGGCGACUCAAUUUCUUAUUGUUAAAGGAUCAACAGUUAGUGAAGGAGCUCUCACUUUGGGUGCUGACAUAACUCUAGAUAAAGUCCUAGCGGCCAUAUCGGGGUCUGAUGGUUUUAGUGUGUUGGGGACCAGGAACCAGACAGAGACAGAAAAUAGAUGCAAAACACCUUUAUUAAUAAAUAUCAACAAAUGAAAUAAACCAAAAGCAAAGUCCAGGAGGCAAGCAGGUAGUCAGACGAGACAGGAUCAGGAGAACGGAGAGCUGCAGAGUCAGGAACAAGGCCAGAAGUCAGGAACCAAGACUACACAGGAAACAGGAAGUCUUCUGGGAAACAGGAAACUACGCAAGGGCAAGGAGUUACUGGAACUUGCUGCUUAAAUAGGCUGAACUGAUUAGCAUAAGGGCUGGCUACUAACAACCAGGUGAAUAACCGUUGAAACGGUAAUGAAGGAGCUGAUUGUUAAAAGCAGCUGAAUAGCUCAGACACAGAGAGAGGAAAGGUUGCUGUUUAAAACAGCAGAGAAAACAUGACAUAGUGGAAGUCAUUACAAAACUUUCCAAGAUAUACUAGCUCCACAUCUCUUGAAGAUUGUCAAUGAUUGGCAUGGGGGAGGUACACUGCCACCAGAAAUGACCCUAGCUAACAUAGUGCUUCUGCCAAAAGAAGGGAAAGACCCGACAAGGGUGAACAAGUAUAGACCAAUAUCCCUCAUCAAUACGAACACAAAAAUCAAAGCAAAGAUACAAGCUACUCGACUGGGAUCUAUAUUAAAAACACUUAUACAAUCUGACGAGGUAGAUUUCAUCCCCAGCAGUUAUUUGAAGAUACUAGAAGGGUGCUUGAUUUGGUGUGGAGGAUGGAUUCUACGGGAACGCCUUCUUUGUUCCUCUUGUUGGAUGCAGAAAAGACAUUCGACCGUGUGGAAUGGCCAUUCAUGUUCAGCCUCAUGAUUGGGAAUUUCCACCCUCUUUUAUACGUGGAGGACGAGCCCUCUAUACAGAUCUCAAAGACCAACUCUUGGUUCCUGGUGCACUGUGCUUUCCUUUUCCACUCCGCGAUGGGAUGAGACUGAGAUGCCCUCUCUCCCAUGCAGUUUGCGCUCUCUUUAGGAUUGUUGUUACAUCUCAUUUGAAAUAACUUUGUGGUUGAAAAUCAGCACUUUUUGAUAUUGGAUGAUACUCAUAAAGCACCUUCUUGUUUGGGUAUAGAAUAGUCCUUUAAAUAUGUCUCAAAGGGCUUCCUAACAGCUACUAGAGGUGCUUUGGCUGUGAGGACAGAGGCAAACUUGCUUUUCACAGCUAACCUCCAUUUCAUUGGAGGAGUUCAGUGCUGAGCACAAGUCGGCUUUUCAUCCUUAUAAGGAGCAUUGGAUUAUGGUUGUGACGUCGCUGGAGGCUGGUUAACAGGUUUAUAAAUCUAAUGCACUAGUAUUCCACUUGGCCUAAGCCACUCCAGCCUUUCGUUUCCACCCCAGGCUUUGUGUACUAGGAGAUUACUGUUUUUUUUAUUAAGCCAUUCUAAAGAUUUUACAAUAACCAAGGGGAAUACACUCAACUCAAGCUGUAGAUGUCAUGCUGCUUGGUGUACCUUUAAACUCACAAAGUAUAGUUAAUAUACAGAGGUGUUUUUCCUUUGAAAAAUGGAUUGACGGGGAAAAAAAACAGAAAAAACAAAACUGUGACAUUGACAGACAUGAAGGAAACUUCAUAUCUAUUGUCUCAUCAAAAGCCACUUUGAAGAUGUGAUAACAUUGCUCUUUUAAUGCCUUUUUUCUUUGUUCUGCAGAUGGGGAGAAGAGUUUAAUUUAUCCAAACACCCUCAGGUAUGUGCCACACCUACAGUAUGUAUAUCCAUUGAGUUCUGCACGCUGAAAAACAUUUUUAUGCACAGAAUUGACAGCUCUUGGCUGUCAAUGUCAUGUGUGAUGGGGCUGCAAAUAGCCGCCAGGACACAUUUUGAAUUGUCUUUGUAUGCACAGUAUGAAGUGGUCGUGGUUUUUGUAAUAACCCUGUAAAGCUAAAAAAAACAUUUUUUAAAACACAAAGCUCUUAUAUAAAGCACAGCAGUAUACUAUCAGCAUUAACUUCUUCUGACCAUUUCCUGUUUAGAGUUAAGACCGCUAUACUGUUCAUAUAUAAUUUAAAACUUACAGUGAGCUUAAUUGGUAUAUUAUUAGCAUUUAUAAAGAGCUGGCUUAUUCCGCAUCAAAGGGACUAGCAACUAAGCAACAAGAUGGGAAAGUAGCAGAACUGGAAGGGGACAGUGAAGUGUGGAUAUUUAACCCCUUAAGGACCAAACUUCUGGAAUAAAAGGGAAUCAUGACAUGUCACACAUGUCAUGUGUCCUUAAGGGGUUAAAAGAGAACAAGAGACAGGUUUGUGAAAUGGAAGUUACUCUGGGAGGCCAUAAACUUUUCUGAAGAGGUGGGUUUUGAGGGACUUCUUAAAUGAUUGAAGACUAGGGGUGAGUCUUAUGGGGAUAGCCAGGCUGUUUCAAAAGAAAGGAGCCAUCCGUGAGAGGUCCUGCAAGCAUGAGUUAGCAGUAAGGGUACGAAGGGCACAGGCAGGCGGAGGUCACCGACAGAACAGAGAGACAGAGAAGGCGCCUACCUACAAAUUAUGGUAGAAAUGUAUCAGGGGAUAGAGUUGUUUAGAGCUUUAUAGGUAAGGUUUAGUAUUUUGAAUUGCCUCCUAUAGAGUACAGAAAAAAACCAUAUAAGGAUUGACAGAGGGGUGAGGAGUGACUGAAGGAAAAAAAAUCAAAAAAAAUCACACUGGUGGAAGCAUUCAUUACAGUUUGUACCAAGGCACUAUGGUUUCGUGGGAGACCAAUUAGUAGAGAAUUACAGCAAUCCAUGCAAAAAAACUACUAGAGCGUAAGCAAGCUUUUUAGCAGCAUCUUGUUUAAGAAAGGGGCUAUGUUUUUAAGGUGGAACCAGCAGGAUGUGGCAACAGACUGGACGUGAGGUGUAAAGGUCAGGCCAGAAUCACAGAUAACCGCAAGACAGCGAGCUUGCAAAGACAGACUGAUGCGGGUACCAUCGACUUGCAUGGAGAUCCAAAAAAGGAGGAACAGUAUUAUGAGGAGGAAAAGAAACUCCGUUUUAGAGAGAUUGAGUUCUAGAAAGCGGGACGAAAUGGAAGAAAGGCAAGCGAUGACAUGUUUUAGGAGAGGGGGGGAGAGAUCUAUCUGGGUGUCCUUGGCUUAGAUAGUAGCUGAAUCAAAAGGAAUUAAGUUUGCCAAGAGAGGCAGUAUAAAGAGAAAACAAAAAAUGACCAAGAACAGAACCUUGGGGGACUUGAACCAAGACAGGACGAUGGGAACUGGUGUCAUUAGAAAAGGCAACACUGAAAGUUUGGAGAGAAAGGAUGAGAUCCAUGAGAGGACAGUGACACGGAGACCAAGGAAUUGGAGAGUUUGAAGAAUGAGAACAUAAUUAACAAUGUCAAAGGCAGCAGAGAGGUCAAGAAUUAGUAGGAAGUAGUGGCCUUUAGAUUUAACUGCGAUUAGAUUGUUAGUUACUUUCUCAGAGUGGUCUAAGUAGAGUGGAGGGGGCGGAAGAGGGUCGAGGAGAGUAUUGGAAUUGAAAAAGCAAGCCAGUUGUUCUAAAAGCUUUGAGGAGAAAGAAAGCAGGUAUAUGUGAUCAGGGGCGUAUUAGCCGCGAGGCAAACAAGGCAUUUGCCUUGGGCGGCAUUUUUCAGGGGGCGACAAAAAAUGCCGCCCUCCAAAUGCCCAGGGCAAAUGCUUAGUUAGCCUUGCGGCUAACAGACAUCCCGAGCAGGCGGGCGGCUGGCGAGGGAGCACUUCCUAUGAGCUGACUGCUCAGCUCCCUCACGCGCCGCAGAGUGAGGCUGGGAGCCGGAAGAUGACGUCAUCUUCCGGCUCCCAGCCUCACUCUGCAGCCGGCGCGCGAGGUAGCUGAGCAGUCAGCUCAUAGGAAGUGCUCCCUCGCCAGCCGCCCGCCUGCCAGCGCCACCUGCCCGACCUGCAGCCACUGGACCACCGGACCACCAGGGAGAGAGACCCCCCCCCCAGCACUCCCAAAGGUAAGGAGGUUGGGGGGGGAUUUAAAUUAAAAAAAAAAGUUAAAGUGUGUGUGUGUGUGUCUGACUGUGUGUGUGUGUUUGUGUCUGACUGUGUUUGUGAGUGUGUGUGUUUGUGUCUGACUGUUUGUGUAUGUGUAUGUGUCUGACUGUGUGUGUGUAUUUGUCUGUGUGUUUGUGUCUGACUGUGUGUGUGUUUGUGUCUGACUGUGGGUGUGUGUGUUUGUGCCUGACUGUGUGUGUGUGUUUGUGUCUGACUUUGUUUGUGAGUGUGUGUUUGUGUGUGACUGUGUUUGUGUCUGACUGUCUGUGUCUGUAUGUGUCUGACUGUGUGUGUGUGUGUGUGUUUGUGUCUGACUGUGUGUGUGUGUAUGUGCCUGACAGAUUGACAGAGGGGUGAGGAGUGACUGAAGGAAAAAAAAUCAAAAAAAAUCACACUGGUGGAAGCAUUCAUUACAGUUUGUACCAAGGCACUAUGGUUUCGUGGGAGACCAAUUAGUAGAGAAUUACAGCAAUCCAUGCAAAAAAACUACUAGAGCGUAAGCAAGCUUUUUAGCAGCAUGUGUGUGUGUGUGUGUUUGUGUCUGACUGUGUUUGUGUGUUUGUGAGUGUGUGUGUGUGUGUGUCUGACUGUGUGUGUGUCUGACUGUGUGUGUGUGUGUUUGUCUGACUGUGUGUGUUUGUGUCUGUGUGUGUGUGUGUAUUUAGAAGGUGGGGCGGGGGGAAGGGUUGGGUGGGGGUGGCGCAGGGGGCAUGGAGAAGGCCUGAAGGGAAGGGAAGGUACUGUCUAAGUGCGGCUGAGAGUAAGAGUUGUGAAGAAUUAUUCACUUAUAUGGUUGAUCUUGUCAGUAAAAUAGCACACAAAGCUAUCGGCUGAAAGUUUACUUUGGGGGGUGGCUACAGCAGAACAAAGGCGUUAGUUGAGGGUAUCAGAGCAACGUUUUGGAUGUGGGAGAAUUAACUGAGAAAGGAAAUAUUAUUGUUUAGCAAGGGUGAGGGCUGCACUGUACAAACCCAAAAUGAAUUAAUAAUGGAGAAAGUCUGACAAAGUACGAGACUUCCUCAAGCAGCGUUCAGUUGAACAAAAGCAUCUCUACAGGUAGCAGGUCGACUUAGUGUGCCACAGUUGGAGGCACAUUCUCCUUGAGAUGUAUGUUUGAAGUGUGGCUGCAGCGUACAGGGCAGAGGUGAGGGUAGCGUUAUAUAAAGAGUUAGCCAGAGACGGACAGGAAAAGGUAGGGAUGGAUGAGAGUUGAGAAUUUACAUCAGCUGACAGUCACUGGAGAGAAAGAGAAUUCUGGUUCCUCCUAAGUUUAGGAGGCUUAGGCUAAGAUUGUUUGGUGAGGGGCCUCUCAAAAACAAAUUAUUAGAGGUGGUGAUCUGAAAGAUGAAAUGGAGUGUUACAGAUAUUAGAAACUGUGCAUGCAUUGGGGAAAAAAACAAGAUCAAGGGUAUUGUCUGUUACAUAUGUCCGAGAAUUAGCCCACUGGGAUAGUCCAAGGGAAGAAGCAAUUGAAAGAAGUUUUGAAGCUACUAAGGUCGACGGUUAAUUGGAAUUUUAAAGUCCCCAAGAAUUAUAGAAAUAUUACUUGAAAGACAGUAGGGAAGCCAGGCAGCAAAAUGGUCAAGGAAGAGCAGAGGGGAACCGCGAGGGGGGUGUAAAAAAUGGUAACGUUUGCAGAGAUGGGCUUGAACAGGCGCAAUAAGUGAACUUCAAAUGAUUAGAAAUAGAGGAAAGGGGAGAGGGUAGAGGUUUAAAGGACCAGUGGUUUGAAAGCAGAAAACAUACUCCACCUUUAUUUUUAGAUUGUCAUGUCAGAGUUAAUUGACAACCACCAAAGGAUAACAAGGCAGAAUCAGAGGGAGAUAACCAUGUUUUCAAAACGAAUAAGUCAUGAUUUAGUAAUGUUGCAAACAGCGAGUGCAUGCCAGAGGGAAGUGCAAAAGGAGUACUUAAAGGGAGAGUUGCAUGGGAUGGAUAAAUUACAUCAAGAAGCCACAGAACAAUGUUUCCCAAUUUACCAUAGCAUGCCUGCACCUAAUUUGUUAAGUCUUUUGUCUUGAUAGGGAACAGAAGUCAAAGCCAUCACAUACUCUGCCAUGCAGAUCCACGAGGACGAAAAGCCUGAGGUGUUUGUAAUUAUUGAUAUCUGACUGCUCAUAUGGAUGGUGGAUCUAAGCGUGAGCUCUGGAGGGAGAAUACUAUGUAACUUAAACUACAUACGAAAUUAAAUUAUGUGUAUGAUACAGGAUAUUGAUAUGUUGUUUACACUGAGAUAAUAAAUAUUUUUCAAUUAAAGAGUCUCUUAUUCAGUAUAAAUUGGAUUUUAUUCCUAAAACACUAUUAGAUGCAAUUGUAUACAGUUUCCUGUAAAUCCAUAAUACUAUUUACACGCAAACCUGGCAGUCACAUAUAAAAACUCACUGCUUGUGGUGUAUGAAAUUAGGAAGGAAAGCAUUUGACUACAGCUCCUACGAUUUAUCGCUCUUUAAGCUAUAUUUUGAUUUCAAUUACUCUAAUUUCUUUUUUACUAUGGCUGAUGUUGCAGCAGUAUGGGUACAUCUGGUGACUAAUUUGGAGCAGAUUAUAUCUGGGUUGCAGCUAUUCUGAGAAGAGAGAGAAACUUGAGGGAUUGCAGUCUAGUCUGGCUGGUGAGCUCAGAAGGUGGGAGAAGUGGUCGAUCUCCUUGCAUGAAGAGGUCUGAUCUUCAGGAUUCUAUUUGUAUCCUGUCAUCCCCCUAGGACCGGUGGGGGUUAUCCAGGUCCUCGCUCUUAAGCUUACCUCCUUGUUGCACAUCCUUUUGCAAAGGCAAUCUGGAUGCGGGGCUGCAAAUAAGCAUUGUACUCUGCAACUGACGCUGAAUGGAAAGACAUAUCCAGACAUGAACCCCAACUCAUCUCAGUUGCCCUGCCCACUGCUCUCUAUCUGGACCAGGAACCCAGACAGUGGUUCACCCUGUCCACAUUCCACAACACCUGGAGGAUCUCUACUAUGUGGGACUACCUGGUGACCUUGACUGUCACUUGUCAUGGAGAGGUCAAUAAAACAUUUUUCGCAAGUUCCUGUUAGACUGUGCUUGAAGGAAUGGAGUACGAGGGCACUAUUAAACUGAAAACAACAGUUGUAUCUGCAGCUGUGGCUUUAAAUGCCUGCGACGUGUGAUCUCUAGCAACACUUGGCAUUUUGACUGGCCCACAGAGAGCUUGUGACAGGCUUUAUUCUCGCUCCCUGAUCGGGGAAUCAGAUUAAGGCCCCCAAGGGCUGAUGGACUGCGUUCUUACAGCAAAGGGAUAUUACUACUGUGGAGCGCUGGUGCAGGGGGCUACCUCUUUGUUUUAUUCUGUUUAAUGAAACCAUUUUAUAGUAUUUUGUUAUUUCCACAUUAUUGAUAUAACAACCUGUUCUGGUGGUUUAUAUUCGCUUGAUCUAGUUAUAAUACAGUGUUGUUAAUUUAAACAAAUGACCUUCUUCUGAUCUAGCGGUUACACAUUGGGUUUGUUCUCUCUAUAACUAUGUAAACAGAAAUGAGGUAGUUGUGUAGCUCUUUUGAAACUAAAAAAUACUUAGCAUUGUCCUACUCUAUUUAUCUUGACCAAUGGAGCUUUUCUUAAUAUUGCUUGACUUCAUUUGCAGACCUUACUCUGUGUGUAAUCUAGUUACCUCAAUAAAAAAAAAAUUACAAGAGAAAUGUAAAAUGACAAGUUUUUUUUAAAGUGAUCCUUCAUUCCAGUGCAACUGUGAAAUGGUGAACUUUGUUCUAGCUAACUGCUAAAUUACUUUGACAGAAAAAAAAUGUUGAUAUAUUGCAACAGCAUAAUGAAAUGGAGCUCUGCCUCUAUAACACACUAUUUGCCAUGAUGGGCAAAAAAAAUUCUUUAUCCACAUCUGCUGGAAACAGAGAUUUGAUAACAGAGUAUCAUAGAAGUAGUAUCAAAGUUUCUAUGUGGGGAAUGUUGACCCAAUGUGGCAACCAUCGGCAUAAAUAAGGCUGAGUAGCUAAAUAUGCUUUUUUUUCCUCCUCCUGUUAAAUACGCAAAACAUAUAGAUAAGAACUUCUAUAAAAUACUGUCAGUGAUCAGUGUUUUUAAGAACACAACAUGCUUAAAGCAAUGGGAAACAUUAUAGCUACAUGCCAGCUACACAUUUGAUUUUGGAUUUUGAUUCUUCCUCUUCACUGUCUACUGUAUGCAUGACCAAAUCUGAUUCUGGUUGAUCACUCCCAUUCUCUUCUCUCCCAUCUUCUUUGAAACUCCAGCCCUGCUCCCUCUCACUUUCUGGUGGCAAAACGAGGGGCUGGUCAUCUCCAAAAUCAAAGCUCACAUUGUCCAAACCAGCUUCUGUUAGGCAUGUGUGACAAAGACGGUAUCGUCUAGUCCCAUCUUGAAUAACACGACCAGUCAUGUUUGUCACUGGGAGUUUGCACCGUCGACAGAUGAGUUUACCAGCUUCAUGGAUCUAGUGGCAGGGUGAACAGGGAAGUCAAAACAUGUUAUUACAUAAUGCUAGAUUGGAUAACUACUCUUAUACCAACUGUGAUCUAACAUAUGUUUAAACCCACUGGAGUUGGUCAUACUUCCAGACAAUAUCAUUAAACAAAAAUAAUAACAGAAAUAGACCACCUUGGUGUAUUUUAAUUGGAACCAUUUGAUUACAGUCAAAAAUUAAUGUCUGUUAAAGUGAACAUAUAGUCCCGAAAAUGUAUUUAUUUUUUGGGGACUAUAGAUUCCCUUCUGUUAUUGUGACCACUGUCCUCCCACCUUUGCUAAUGUAAAAGUGAACUAAAGAUUACUCACUUUGUUUCCAACGCCGCGACUCCUCCACUUCAGC